CAGGCCCGCUUCCUCCCUGGGGCGGGCGGGACGCUGGCGUCCUGCUCUGCGCGGGCAGCCCCCGGCCGCCACGCAAUGUCCGCCGGCUGGUUCCGGCGCCGCUUCCUACCCGGGGGUCCACUUCCAGAGCCGCAGCCAGCGGGGCCGCGCUCCAGCCCUGUCCCCUAUCACCGACCCCGCUUCCUGCGCGGCUCGGGCUCCAGCCCUGGCGCCCCCGACGCCUCGCGCCGCCCGGACUCCCGGCCCGUGCGCAGCCCGGCGCGGGGCCGCACGCUGCCUUGGAACGCAGGCUACGCCGAGAUUAUCAACGCAGAGAAAUCUGAGUUCAAUGAGGAUCAGGCUGCUUGUGGAAAGCUGUGCAUCCGGCGAUGUGAGUUUGGGAUUGAAGAAGAUCAGGAGUGGCUGACGGUGUGCCCAGAGGAGUUCCUGACAGGUCAUUAUUGGGCACUGUUUGAUGGGCAUGGUGGACCUGCAGCAGCCAUUUUGGCUGCCAACACCCUGCAUUCCUGCCUGCGCCGGCAGCUGGAGGCUGUGGUAGAAGGCAUGAUGGCCUCUCAGCCCCCUAUGCAUCUCAGUGGUCGCUGUGUCUGCUCCAGUGACCCCCAGUUUGUGGAGGAAAAGGGCAUUCGGGCAGAAGACUUGGUGAUUGGGGCCCUGGAGAGCGCCUUCCAGGAAUGUGAUGAUGUGAUUGGGAGAGAGCUGGAGGCCUCAGGCCAGGUGGGUGGCUGUACAGCCCUGGUGGCUGUGUCCCUGCAGGGGAAGCUGUAUGUGGCCAAUGCUGGGGAUAGCAGAGCCAUCUUGGUGCGGAGAGAUGAGAUACGGGUGCUGAGUUCUGAGUUCACCCCAGAAACAGAGCGGCAGCGGAUCCAGCAGCUGGCCUUUAUCUACCCUGAGCUUCUGGCUGAUGAGUUCACCCGACUGGAGUUCCCUCGGCGGCUGAAGGGGGAUGAUGUAGGGCAGAAGGUUUUGUUCAGGGAUCAUCACAUGAAUGGCUGGAGCUACAAACAGGUGGAAAAAUCUGACCUCAAGUAUCCACUGAUUCAUGGACAGGGUAGGCAGGCUCGGUUACUAGGAACACUGGCUGUCUCCCGAGGCCUGGGAGACCAUCAGCUCACAGUCCUGGACACCAACAUCCAGCUCAAGCCCUUCCUGCUCGCCAUCCCACAGGUGACUGUGCUGGAUGUGGACCAGCUGGCACUGCAGGAGGAUGUGGUUGUCAUGGCAACUGAUGGGCUCUGGGAUGUCCUGUCUAAUGAGCAGGUGGCACAGCUUGUGCGGAGCUUCCUCACUAGGAACCGAGAGGACCCACACAGGUUCUCAGAGUUGGCCAAGAUGCUGAUACACAGCACACAGGGGAAGGAUGGUGCUGCUGGAGAAGGGCAGGUGUCCUACGAUGACAUCUCUGUGUUUGUGAUUCCUUUGCACAACCAGGGCCAAGGGAGCUGUGGCCACUGAGGAUCCAGAUACCUGCACUCUAUGACCUCUUCACGACCAGUGCAGUCUGAGCAUACGUCCACUGUGGCCAAGAGCAGGCCCUGUCUGGUCUGUCCCCAGCCACAGCUCAAUGCUCUUGCUUUCUGCCUUAACUAUUUGUUUCAAAGAGAGCAGUGGGUGGACAGCCUAGCCUACCAGGUCCCACCUUCUGCAAUGGUAACAUCCUUCUGGCAGAGAUACUUUACAAAGUAUGGUAUCUGUUGGCUCCUCAGCAGCCUAAAGGAUUUAAGGUACUAAGAUGCCUUGGGGAGCAGGCAGCUAGCUCAUUUGGUUCCGACCCAUGAAUGUCAGGUCAUUCAUUUAACCAUCUGCCCACACAAGGUGCCUUCUUGAAACCUCUGGGCAGUUUCACAUCUGCUGGAUCAGCUAUCUUUUUUUUUUUUCCUCUUUAAGGUAGGGUCUCUAGUACGUAGUUCUGGCUGUCCUGGAACUUGCUAUGUAGACCAGGCUGGCCUUGAACUCAGAGAUCACCUGUCUCUGCCUCCUGAGCACUGGCGUGCACCACUAUGCCUGGCUGGACCAGCCAUCUUGAAGACAGAUCCUGCCCUGCUCUCUGCCCAGGGAGGGCACAGAUUCCAAAUAAAGUUGCGAGAGCAAAACAGGGUGAGAAGCUUCCAGAGUUGGCUAGGCCAAUUGUCACUGCCUGGAUCCUGGCUGCCAGUGAUUGCUUUUCCCCGGUCCCAGGCCUGCCCUAUACCUAUUGCCAACAGUGUCUGUUGUUUCCUAGAACUUACUCCAGGGGCAUCUACUUCUCAGCUAGCCAGUUCUGGUUUCUAACCCUCCACUUUGCCUAGCAUUGUCCCCUCCCCCUCUGCUGCUCUCCUGUCUACUCUACCCUGCCCAGCCUCCAAGGGUUCACUCACCUCUACCUCCAGCACUGGCCAUAUAGAGCUUUCCCUGUAGGGACUCAGCCAGCCUCUGAUAUUAAAUGUUUGCAUAUAAAAGA